AUGUCAGUCUGUUCAUAUCUAUCUAUCUAUCUAUCUCAUUCUUUUCUUAUCUAUCUCAGGCUUUUCAUAUCGAUGUCAGUCCUAUCAUAUCUAUGUCAGUUUGCUCAUAUCUAUCUAUCUAUCUAUCUAUCUCAGUCUUUUUACAUCUAUCUAUCUAUCUAUCAAUCUCAGUCUUUUCAUGCCUAUCGAUGUCAGUCUUAUCAUAUCUAUGUCAGUUUGCUCAUAUCUAUCUAUCUAUCUAUCUAUCUCAGUCUUUUUACAUCUAUCUAUCUAUCUAUCAAUCUCAGUCUUUUCAUGCCUAUCGAUGUCAGUCUUAUCAUAUCUAUGUCAGUUUGCUCAUAUCUAUCUAUCUAUCUAUCUAUCUCAGUCUUUUACAUCUAUCUAUCUAUCUAUCAAUCUCAGUCUUUUCAUGCCUAUCGAUGUCAGUCUUAUCAUAUCUAUGUCAGUUUGCUCAUAUCUAUCUAUCUAUCUAUCUAUCUCAGUCUUUUUACAUCUAUCUAUCUAUCUAUCAAUCUCAGUCUUUUCAUGCCUAUCGAUGUCAGUCUUAUCAUAUCUAUGUCAGUUUGCUCAUAUCUAUCUAUCUAUCUAUCUCAGUCUUUUUACAUCUAUCUAUCUAUCUAUCAAUCUCAGUCUUUUCAUGCCUAUCGAUGUCAGUCUUAUCAUAUCUAUGUCAGUUUGCUCAUAUCUAUCUAUCUAUCUAUCUAUCUAUCUCAGUCUUUUUACAUCUAUCUAUCUAUCUAUCUCAGUCUUUUCAUGCCUAUCGAUGUCAGUCUUAUCAUAUCUAUGUCAGUUUGCUCAUAUCUAUCUAUCUAUCUAUCUAUCUCAGUCUUUUUACAUCUAUCUAUCUAUCUAUCAAUCUCAGUCUUUUCAUGCCUAUCGAUGUCAGUCUUAUCAUAUCUAUGUCAGUUUGCUCAUAUCUAUCUAUCUAUCUAUCUAUCUCAGUCUUUUUACAUCUAUCUAUCUAUCUAUCUAUCUCAGUCUUUUCAUGCCUAUCGAUGUCAGUCUUAUCAUAUCUAUCUAUCUAUCUAUCUAUCUCAUUCUUUUCUUAUCUAUCUCAGGCUUUUCAUAUCGAUGUCAGUCCUAUCAUAUCUAUGUCAGUUUGCUCAUAUCUAUCUAUCUAUCUAUCUAUCUCAGUCUUUUUACAUCUAUCUAUCUAUCUAUCAAUCUCAGUCUUUUCAUGCCUAUCGAUGUCAGUCUUAUCAUAUCUAUCUAUCUAUCCAUACCUUUUCAUAUCUAUCUCUCGUUAUCUUAUUCAUAUCUAUUGAUAUCUGUCUUAUGUAUCUAUCUAGCUCCGACUUUUCAUAUCUAUAUAUCUACCUUAGUCUUUUCAUAUCUAUCUAUGUAUCUAUCUAUCAAUCUGUCUAUCAAUCUUUUCAUAUCUCUCUCUCCUAUCUAUCUAUCUAUCUAUCUAUCUGA